AUGGUUGCGGGUCUCACUGAGGCUUAUAGUAGCGUCGGAACUCUUCUUCGCCAAAGUGAUCCUCUACCUCCUUUCUAUCAAGCCCGGUCCAUGCUUGUCCUUGAAGAGGCUGACUUGAGCAAGAAAACUACCAUCGGGGGUUCCUCUACUGCCUUGGUGGCCGGUUAUGGUGACGGCUCAAUCACAGAUUCUUCUACCAACCGAAAUUCCAAUGCUAAUAAAAAUAAGAAUAAUUCUCGUACUCAUAACAAUAAGCAUCGGAAUUCCGGUGGGCAGCGAGGGUCACAGACCGGCGGUACUGCCGGCGGCAGGGGUGGCCGGCAACCUGGCGGCGGUGGCCGCGGCACUGGCAACCAGCAGCAGCAGUUUGGUCGUGGUACGCAACAGCAGCAGUGGGCUCAACACCCUCCUUGGAUGAUGUGGCCCUGGGCUUACCCUCCUUGCCCGUACCCCACUUCAUCCUGGGCUCGACCCACUUAUGCGCCUAGGUCAGCAGUAGCAGCACCUGGACAACAACAUUAUGGGGUUCUUGGGCCUCGUCCUCAGGCCUAUUCCACUGAUACUCAGACCACGGACAUUGAGGCUGCAAUGUACACCAUGGGUAUUAAUCCACCGGAUCCAAAUUGGUAUAUGGAUACGGGUGCCACUUCUCAUAUGACGUCUUCCCAAGGUAAUAUGUCAUCUUAUUUUAAUUUGAGCAAACCUAAUGGUAUAAUUGUCGGAAAUGGUAAUAGUAUUCCAAUUCAUGGUUAUGGGUGA